CCAGGUAAGUGGUCUGGGGAGGAAGCCGCCCACCGCGUCUACUUCCAGUCCUCACCUCCUGGGAGGGAGGUUGUGUUUCUGGCUUGACUCUGCCCACGCAAGUCUGCAGCGCGGACUGGGCUUCCACCUGCUGCAGCCACGUGGCGAGAGGAGUGCCAAAGUCUGCCCCCGGACCUCUCCCUCAUGGCCCCCAGCGCCGUCGUCUGUCAGUCUGAGGGGCGGGGGAGUUGAGGGUUGUGUGCCCUUCUCCACACACCGGUGUUAAAGUCCGGGAUGGAGGAGCCCGAGUGGUGGGAGGCUGCCUGUCGGAGUCCACAGUUUUGUGUAUGAGCAAGAUGGAGGCUGACGCAUCUGGCUUUAACAUCGAUGCCCCCCGUUGGGACCAGCGCACGUUCCUGGGGCGAGUGAAGUACUUCUUCAAUAUCACGGACCCCCGCACUGCUUUGGUACCAGAGCAAGAGCUGGACUGGGCCAAGGCAAUGGUGGAGAAGAGCAGGAUGGGGAUCGUGCCCCCAGGCACCCAAGUGGAGCAGCUGCUUUAUGCCAAGAAGCUGUAUGAUGCAGCCUUCCACCCUGAUACCGGAGAGAAGAUGAAUGUCAUUGGACGGAUGUCCUUCCAGGUUCCUGGCGGCAUGAUCAUCACAGGCUUCAUGCUCCAAUUCUACAGGACGAUGCCGGCGGUCAUCUUCUGGCAGUGGGUGAACCAGUCCUUCAAUGCCUUAGUCAACUACACCAACAGGAAUGCGGCUUCCCCCACAUCAGUCAGGCAGUUGGCCCUUUCCUACUUCUCAGCUACCACCACUGCUGUGGCCACUGCUGUGGGCAUGAACAUGUUGACAAAGAAAGCUCCACCCUUGGUGGGCCGCUGGGUGCCCUUUGCUGCUGUGGCUGCUGCUAACUGUGUCAACAUCCCAAUGAUGCGACAACAGGAACUCAUCCAGGGCAUCCGCGUGAACGACAGGAAUAACAAUGAGAUUGGUCAUUCCCGGAGAGCUGCAGCCAUAGGCAUCACCCAAGUGGUUAUUUCUCGGAUCACCAUGGCAGCCCCUGGCAUGAUCUUAUUGCCGGUCAUCAUGGAAAGGCUGGAGAAGCUGCCCUUCAUGCAGAAAGUCAAGGUCCUGCAUGCGCCAUUGCAGGUUAUGCUGUGUGGGUGCUUCCUCAUCUUCAUGGUGCCAGUGGCAUGUGGGCUCUUCCCACAGAAAUGUGAAUUGCCAGUUUCUUAUCUGGAACCGGAGCUCCAAGACAGCAUCAAGGCCAAGUAUGGAGAACUUGUGCCUUACGUUUACUUCAAUAAGGGUCUCUAAAUCCUCGCCCACCCCUACCCCUCCAAGGACCAGUUUAUACCAGCUCCUCCUUAGCCUCCUCUGCCUUCAUUCCUCUUUGCCAGUAGGGCCUGAGGCUAGGGUGGAUUUGGGGGUGGAGGUAUGAGGAUGCCUCAUGCUUCUACCC